CGAUGGAACUGGCCUAAGAUGCCUCGUCGUUGAAGCUAAGGGGUCGGUCGACGGCUGCUGUGUAGAUUUGUGGCUAAAACGAGCGGCGGCUGUGGAGACAGGGCCGCCACGAGGAGAUGCUCUCCAUGCAUGCUCAGCAGCAAACUCGAGCACGAAAGACGCGAUCGCUGCGACGGACGCUCAGCAGCGGUGAACCAAAUCACUGGCAAAUACCACAGAUCAUCUUGCGACCGCUAAACGGCGCACCGCAUCGACGCAUGUGGCGCAUGAUGCUGCUGCUCACCUCUCUGACACGGCGUGGCGGACGCGCAUUCGUGGCGACGCCGCCGCGGCGCUGCGUAUCACGCGUCGCGCGCGGUGCGGCCGCCGACGGCGUCGAUCCGCUCGAUGUCCGGCGCGCCGCACUCGUCGACGCCAUCGACGCGGCGCUGACGAAGGAGGCGCGCAAGGCCGACGCCCUGCGCAAGGAGGCCAAGGCCGCCGCCGACGCCGAGGCGAUGGCGCACCGGGCCAACCUCAUCUUCUCGAACCUCUACCGCAUCGAGGACGGCGCCACCCAGAUCUCGGUCGAGGACUGGGAGAACGGCGGCGAGGUCGUGGAGAUCACGCUGUCGCCGAAAUUCCGGUCCGCGAAGGAGGAAGCGGAUGCCGGUUUCAAAAAGGCGAGGCGGCUGCGGCGCGGGUCCGCCGUCGUCGAGGAGUUGCUCGAGGCGUCGUCGGCCAAAUCGACGGUUUUGGAGGGGCUGCGCGGCGACGCCGUCGACGCGGACGACGACGCGCUGGAGAUGCUAGAGAAGCGCGCGGCGAAGAAGGGCGCGACCGUCGUAGAAGUCGAGGCUCUACCCAAAACAACACCGGUCGAGAAGAAGAAGAAGUCGACCUGGACCGGCCGGACCUUCACGAGCCCCGCGGGCGUGCCGAUCCUCGUGGGUCGCUCGCGGAAGGAGAACGACCGGCUUUCACUCGUAAUAGCGCGCGACGGCGACUACUGGUUGCACGCUAGAAAUGCGCCGGGCGCGCACGUUUUAUUGCAGCUCUCGCGGGCGCCGCGCUACUACAGCGAGCCGGAGCCGGACUGCCUGCAGAUGGCCGCGGACCUCGCCGCGUUCUAUUCAGAUUUAAGAAAUGAAGCGCGCGCGGACGUGACGUACACGUCGCCGAAGCACGUCACGAAGCCGCCGCGCGCGCCGCCGGGCGCGGUGCGCCUGCGCGAGGAGCUCGGGACCCACGUCGGGCGGCCGGACGCGGUGCCCGACGAGUGCAAGGAGAAGCGCGGGGAGUCUGGGCAGGUGGCUAGCUGGUGAUAAUUUAUGUUGUUUGUAUUA